UUGAGCGGGGCGCACACACAGGAAACCACGCAGCAAUAAUCUCAUUUUACAAAGGAUACGACUGUCUUCGGGGACACCUCUUUUAUUUUAACCAGAAAUAUUUGUUCCUUUUCUAAAAGAAACGCCCAAACAGGCUAAAGUAUUGAUCUGGACUGAAAACCUAGAGGGGGCGCAUCACAAGUGCUUAUCAUGUCUGGCGAAGAGGCUCCAACUCAGCAACAGCAGCCUGAGCAGGAGAAGAAACCCGACGACCCUCCGCCGGCUCCUUCUGACGCACAGCAGGAUCCAGGGAGCAGCCCUGCGGCAGCCCCCGAGAGGCUUCUGUCCUUCCGCGCUCUGGUGCUGACGGGCUACGGGGGCUAUGACAAAGUCAAGCUGCAGUUGAAGAUGCAGAGCGAGCCGCAGCUCAAGCCGGGAGAGGUCCUGGUGCGCGUCAAGGCGUGCGGGCUGAACUUCGCCGAGCUGCUGGGCAGACAGGGGUUGUACGAGCUGCUGCCCACCCCGCCUGUCACGAUGGGGAUGGAGGGCUCCGGGGUCAUUGAAGCAGUCGGGGAGGAUGUGAAGGACAGGAAAGUCGGGGAUCGUGUCAUCGUGAUUAGCCGCAGUGGCAUGUGGCAGGAAGUGGUUGUGGUGACCGCUAACCACACCUUUCCCAUGGCCGAGCAGAUGAGCUUUGAGGAAGGGGCUGCUCUUCCUAUUAACUACAUGACGGCCUACAUGAUGCUGUUUGAGAUGGCAAAUUUGAGGCCGGGCAAGAGCGUUCUUAUCCACAUGGCAGCAGGUGGCGUUGGUGUUGCUGCUACCCAGCUGUGUCAGACGGUGCCAGAUGUGACCAUUUUUGGCACGGCAUCAGCCUCCAAACACGAGACCAUUGCCCAAGGCGGGGUUACUCACCCAAUCGACUACCGCACCAAAGACUACGCGGAAGAAAUACGCAACAUCAGCCCCAAGGGAGUGGACAUUGUCCUUGACCCACUUGGCGGUUCAGACACCCAAAAAGGAUUUAGUUUGUUAAAACCUCUGGGCACACUUAUAGUCUUUGGUGCGGCCAAUUGUGUGACAGGCCAGAAGAAGAACCUAUUGGCCAUGGCAAAGACUUGGUACAACCAGCUCUCUCUCACUAUGCUGAAACUGAAGCAGGCCAACAAGGGCAUCUGUGGCUUCCACCUCGGCUACAUCAAUGAUGACGAGCUCCUGAGCAGGACUAUGUACAAGCUGCUGGAGCUCUACAGGCAGGGAAAGAUCAAGCCCCGCAUUGACUCAUGCCAUCACUUUGAGGAGGUGGCGGAUGCCAUGAGGCGCAUGCACGAACGCCUAAACAUCGGGAAAGUCAUCCUUCUUCCUGAAGCUAAGAAGGAGGAAGAGAAGCCAAAGUCCGACCCUGAGCCGGUAGAAAAUGUGGAAAAAACUAAAGCUGCCGCCAACGAGAAGAAAGAAGAAGCUACAGAGGAACUUAAAGCAGAGAAAGAUUGAGUAAGAGUGUUUAUUUGAAUGAUAUUUUCAUGCACUUCCUCAGUAAGUUCCCUGUUGUUAAAUUGUCAAAAAAAGGAAAGAAAAGCAAGAUGCCGUGAAUUCUUUGACUGUGUCAAUAUUUACAAAUGUUUAUGAAGGUUUUGUUUUCCAAUAUGUCUAUAGUGUAGCGUCUAUGUUGGGAUACUUGUGAUUUAAAUAAAAAUAAACUGUAUUCUGUCACAUUAUGUGAGGAAUAAUGUAUUCUGAUUACAGAUGGUUGUUAAAAAUGACAUAGCGAAGGGGUAUCUUAGGGUCCCCAUGACAACAGCUCAACAACAGCUCAUAAUAUUUGUAAUGAUAGCAAACCAAGGCCAGUAUAGCUUUGUAGAAGCUAAAAGUAAUGCAUCAGAUUGGUCAACACACCAUGUCAUGAUUUAGAUUACCCAUCAUGCAUUUUAGCCAACAUUAUAUAUACUUAAUUAUAUUGCAGCAUGCAAAAGGAAAGCCUAUAUCAGAAAUUUUCCCUGCAACUAUUUGGGAUAUUAUAUUGUUAUUCUUAUUAUUAUAUUAUUAUUAAAAAUUAGUUAAAGAUGGAUAUAGUAACUUUUUCAAGUGAGGACCAUCUGUAGAGGUGCUAUAAAAUGUUAUUCAGUGAUACGCUUCAUUUGUGUAUGCUUUUUCCAAAACAAAGAACACAAAGGUUGAGCUAAAUGAAACAUUUCCAUAAAAAUGUUACUGGCAAGUUUAUACAUUAAAAAUCAGUUUUAUUCUUUCUUUGUUUUGUUAUUCAGAAUGUUUAUAUUUCACAGCUCUAUUAAUUUAUUUGGGAGCUGAUGUGAGGCAGUUAUUUUCUAUUGUAAGAAUAAGAGCAUAAUUGCGUAAUUUGUAGAAUUUUUAUGCAUUUAGGAUAAAAAAGUACUCUGAGCUGCUUCAUACAAACCGGCCAUGGUUCUGUCUGAAAAAGAUCUGUCUACAAACUAACCUGAAAUUAAUUUCCCAGAAUUUUGUCUUUUUUAGUUUCAGGCAUCAUAGCUCAAAUCAAAGUGAUUUGAAUGUAAUCAGAAUACAUUACUGCAUUUUGGUAUUUCCUUGUUAUAGAUUAUUAAUUUGAUGAAGUAAUCCAAGCCUGUUUCAUCAGUAAAUAUAAGUGUAGUGAUCUUUAGUCAGGUUUCAUGCAUUGUGAUGCACUACUCAAAUUUAAGUGUAAUUACGAGACGGAAGUGUGUUUGCACAUCCUCUCCUCUUUGAUGAAUGUUGUUAGACCAUUGUCUCUCUUUGGAAAGCCCAGGUCAGUAUUGUAUUGUAGUUGUAAUUGUUGUAUUUUUCUUGCAUAUCCGUGCCAACUUUCACCACUGCCAUCAAGCCAACUGUGAAUAACAAUUAGCGGGACUUCCCUGCCUUGGCAAUUACUCGUAGGUUUUCUUCCAAACAAUGUCAUGCUGAACUUGAGCUGAAACUGUUUGGCAAGCCAUGUGGCGGCUGGUUUUCUCGCCUCGAUUUUUGUCCUAUGAUUUAGCUGCUUUCUUAAUUCCUACAUUGCCUCUUCAAAAUUAAAGUGAUUAGUGCCAGGUUUACAGAGCAUACAGAGAGUAAGUGUCUUAGUGAUCCUUCCUGUAUAUACAGGGAGUAGGUUAAAAAGUUUUGAAGAAAAAAUCAUUUUAUUAAGCUUCAGUCUUCUCCACAGUAAUCGUUUUAUGUUUUUUUUUAAAUGUAUUGUUGACUGGAUGACCUUAAAUAAUGGAGUUUGGGGUCAGUAAUUCAUAAUGUUUUGUCCAGCUGUGGGUUAAAUUCAGUGCUGUGACACAGAAGACGCUACCAAAGCAAAAGGGAAAGUUUUCCCUCCCUCCACACCAGAGCACAUUCCUCUCCCCACCCUCUCAGUCCUGCUUUCUGUCUCUCUCUGAAGCUGAACUCUCUCAAAACACCCUCCUUCUCCAGCAUACAUUGUUUUGAUCUCUUAAAAAGCACUUGUAACAAAAGUAAUGCUUUAUGUUAUUUAGAUUAGUGACAUGCUUUUAUUUCUUUUGGCCACUUGGACAAGUAUUGGCCAGGUUUCUAUCUCCUAGUAUGAUGUAAGUUCUGAUGUGGAUUGUGAGUGGGAACUGGAGUUGUCUCAUUGUGAUUAUGUGAAGUUCAUCUUGUUACAAAACAUCCUGUGGGAGAGUUUUAACUCUUUCGAAAUUUGUUUUGGGUGUUUCUGUACUUAUUUGUGAACCCACAAGCCUUAUGUUUGCCUGCAUGGUUGAUGGAAAUGUUACCAACAUUGAGUUUCAAUUUAACCACUGACCCAAAUAGAGGAUUUUGACAAAUGAGUAUGUUGACAAGUAAGCAGAUUGUUCUCCAGAUUUGAAAGAGCAAUUGGUGAAGAUAAAACAUGUAAAAACAUAUUGGAGCCUGCCAAUUCUUCUUGCAAAUAUGUCUGUAAUGCUAAAAGAUUUGCAGAUUGCAGUGACUUCCAGAGAACAUAGCAACAAUACAACAUUGUGCUUUGUAACCACUGACCUUCAAAAAUGGUUGUCUAAAAUGUGAGGAGUGUCAUGUUUCUCAUAAUGAUCUGACAGCAGUAAACUGAUACAGUAUUCAUGCAGCCAGGGACAUCUAGUGGUCAGUGAAGAAUUGUGCCUUUGACAAAAUAAUACUAAAUACUUUCUACAAUGUUCCCUAUGAACAAAAUGUACUGUAGCCUUGUCAAAUGUAAAACAUCAUGAAAUAAGCUCGUUUACAGACACAAAAAGCUGAAUAGAAUUCCAUACUAAUUUCAAAUGAACCUCCUCAGUUGGACAAAUGUUUUAUACAUCAAAAUAAGACAUUACAUUUUUUUUAAUGGGGUCAGAGUCCUACACGUAAAAAGAAAACCUUAAGCCAUGUUAACACCAUUCAAAACAAUCACAGCCCAUUCUGCUCUCAGAACAUUCUGAGCUUAUUCAAGCACACUUUAUCCCCCAUUCACGCUAAACAUAUGUACAAUAACCAUAAUUUGCAACAUUAUAAAUCUGAUUAUGACUAGUCUUUGUGCUGUUACUUAAAGAUUUAAUGUGUUAUUAUAUUCAUGAUGGUGAUGGAACAACACUGCCUUUUUCAUUUUUAUACCCUACACACUUUUAUGCCUUUUGUGUUAUGGCACUCAACCUGUAUGUUAAUAAAGUGUUAUCACAA